UAAAAUUCUAAAAAUCACUCACUACACAUGGUUUCUGUUGUCGUUAAGUGCCCGGUUCAUUCUCUGUUCGGCUUAAAGCAGAUAUGUGCUAGUGUUUUUAAUAACAAAAAAUAUGAAGUACGCUUUGUUUUUGUUUAGUUAUUUUUAUGUUAUAUUGUUAGUUAACUUUUUUCAAUUUGUCGAGCUUAGUACGCCCAUUUUUCACGAUAAAACGUUUGGUGACGUAAAUGAUGCGGAAAUUGUAUAUCCUGAAGUGUCUAGAAGUACGAUAUUUGGAGAAGAAAUUACUCUUAUACAGAUAAGUAAAUGGUUACUUACUUUUGGCGAGGAAGAAAAUUUGCACCUUUCGACUGACCUGGAAAUACAAUGGAUACACGAAAACGAUUCCACAAGCUCAUCCAAAGAAAACUUACCUCAGUGCGAAUACAAAACUGGAACUGUUCAGACGCUGGAAACAACCAGUAGGGCUGCCGUUUCCAUUUGCCAGCAGGAUAUCCCGUUGCUGACUGGAUAUUUCCAGAUAAAAGAGAAUUUCUACUUUUUCCAGCCGGAUUACGAGAGGAAAGGAAGACAUUAUUUAUUUAAAAGAAAAGAGAUCCAACCUUCCCAUACAAGAUCAACCCGCUCAGUACCCCCAUCCAACCCAGAUUGGCUUUUCAACCUCACAGGCGACACGUUCGACAUCCCAGGCGACGACCCAGACACCGAUUUCGAACUCCGCCGCUAUCAACAUCAUCAGGACGGACCGCUUCCCGCCUCUGACGUCACCAGCCUAAAUAAAACUCUUCCCGAAAAUGACGAAAGCGAGAUUCCGUUGGAGUAUUUGCGGAAGGGGCCGAGUGCUGAGGGAGUGGAUAGGAGAUACGAUGAAGAAAACGGAUAUUUUUAUGACAGUGCCUGGUCGGCUUUGUCUGUUCACACUCAUAGAUGGGAUGGCAAUAAUUUACCGACUAGAUGGCUGGAAAUUGCCGUAGCAGUUGACCAUACAUUAAUCCAGUUCCAUGGGAAAGACAAAGUGCAGCAAUACGUUCUCUCGCUGAUGAACAUUGUGAGCGCUAUUUAUCAAGACCCCUCUUUAGGUGCCAAUUUGAAGCUGGUAAUAUCGCGGCUUUUGCUCUACGAGCACAACAAACACGGCGUGGUAAGAACGGGCCACGCCAAGAAAUCUCUGGAGAACGUAAAUAUUUGGAACAGAAAGCUCCACGCCUCUUUGAAACCGGAUCAGCCGAGGCAUGAUAUUGCCGUGUGGCUUACAAGGUCAGACAUCGGUGGUCCCUCGGGAUACGCUCCGGUCGGCGGCGUUUGCGAUCCGAAGAGGAGCUGCUCCCUGAACCGGGACGAGGGACUUACCAGCGCUUUUAUCAUAGCUCACGAGAUGGCGCACAUAUUGGGGUUGACCCAUGAUGGUGAUAAAAAAGCGGGCAACACUUGCGAUGAAGACGCUUUGGAAGGUAGCGUAAUGGCACCCAUGGUUGCAGCUACUUUUAGCAAAUUUUCUUGGUCCGGGUGCUCCAAGAAGGAAUUUCAAGAAAAAGUCAGUAACUGGGAUUGUUUGACGAAUCCGCCGUCCUCUACCCAGGGCGAAAUAUUAUUAAACGCCACGCUGCAGACCAUUUUCAGCAUGGACGAACAGUGUCGGAUGGAAUUUGGGGACGGAUAUUCGAUGUGCCGAGCCUUUGAUGUGAGCGAACCCUGUUCCCAUUUGUGGUGCGGCCAUAAACACAAUCCUUUUGUGUGCAAAACCAAAAAAGGGCCUCCGCUCGAAGGGACGGAGUGUGGAUUUGGAAAGUGGUGUUUCAACGGAUAUUGCAGUGAAAUAACAGACACUAUCAGCAAAAUUCCGAUUGUGUUAAACCCCCAACAUGGAGGAUGGAGUAUCUGGGGACCAUGGGGACCUUGUUCUCGUUCUUGUGGAACCGGAAUACAGUAUCGAUCAAGAAAAUGUGAUAAUCCAAAACCAUCAUAUGGCGGUAAAACUUGUGAAGGCAGGACUGAAGAUUGGCAAAUAUGUUCAAAAGGUCCAUGUAAGAAUUCUUACGUAGAUUUGAGAGCUGAGCAGUGCAAGAUGCUGCCUAAAAUAUUUCCUAAUCCUGAAUUACAAGUCACUGAUACAUGGCUACCUUAUGAAAGUGACCAAGAUGAGCAGAAAUGUAAAUUUUCCUGCAUAAGUGAUGAAAGAAAAGAAAUAUUUAUGACCAAUGAAAACCUUCCUGACGGAACACCGUGUUCUUACGAAAAUCAAGACAAUCUUUGUGUGCAGGGAGUAUGUUAUCAAGUUGGAUGCGAUGGUAAACUGAAUUCCACCAUCUCAAGAGAUAGUUGUGGAGUAUGUGGAGGUGACGAAUCAGAAUGUUAUAAAUCAAAUUCUACAGUUCAUAAAGUUUUGAAAAGAGAAAUCACUAAAAUAUCUGUAUUACCGAAAAUGGCAAGGCAGAUCAGGUUGGAAACCGUAGUAAACGAAUACAGCAGUGCAAAAUCCAGUUUAGCUUUCGUACUAAAAAAUAGAAGAAAAAAGGGAUACAUCGUGGCAGUGCCGAACACGUCGAUACACUCUAAAAUUGUAGAUGGUGUCAACUUCUUUUACAACAGAAUUGGAAGAUUGUAUAAGUUGUGGGGCUUCGGUCCUAUUUUAGCUGAAACAAUAAUUAUGUUGAUAUCAUCAGAAAAGAACAUUUCCAACAAAAUCAACAUCACAUACAACACUCAAUACUCCAUACAAAAAGACUUUCUCUUGCCUUCAAAACGAUUUGUCUGGAUUAUGGGCGGCUGGGGACCAUGUUCAGCAAGCUGUGGUGGUGGUAGACGUCAAAAAACAGUGGCCUGCUGGGAUAAUCAACAGGACAAGUUGGUGAAACGGAAGUAUUGCUCGUUGAUACAGAAACCUGUAACAGAAGUUGAAUCUUGCAAUAAAUUUGGAUGUGAUUUUAAGUGGGUUCCAGGAGAUUGGGAACCUUGUAGCCAAACUUGCGGCAGUAAUGGACUACAGUACAGAGAAAUCUAUUGCGUUCCAGAGUCUUUAUUUGGCACAGUCAGCAAUAUUAGCGCCAUACUUGCUAAUCCUUGGAAAUAUAUGGUCAACCCCACAAAAUGUGCUAAAAACAAACCCGCGGAUGUAAGAGAAUGUAACAGGAAGCCGUGUUUUUAUUACUGGGAAUUUGGAAAUUGGUCGCAGUGUUCAGAAUCCUGCGGAACAGGAAUUACUUCCAGAACGGCACAUUGUCCAGCAGACGAAAAUGGUACCUGUGGAGAACCACCACCACCUCAACGACAGAUCUGCCUAGGAGACUACACUCGUCACAACAACAAACUAUGCAAAGGCAGAAGAUUGAAGAGGUGUAAAGAGGACACAUCGAAAUACUGCGCUUUUGAACUCCUUCAAAGAUACUGUGAGCUGAGAGGAUUUAGAAGCUUAUGUUGCAAAUCUUGUUCUGACUAUAUUAAGAGAGAUAGAAUUACGAAUGUUAAUAAUUUUCAUGAUGAUAUUCAAGUUUUGACCUAUCAGAAUAUGAUAUAAACCUCGCAGAUAUUACUAGAAUAAUAUUAUGUAU